AUGUCAUCAGGCCAACAGCAGAUCACACUAAGUGAGCUCCAACAAGCGCGAGCGCAGAUGGCAACUUCCAGGCAACAAAGUACUGGCAGCAACCCACAGAUGCAGCCUCAGUCAGGAGCAAUGGGGUCCAAGUAUGAGGAUCUCCCUAUCAUGGCGCCUGGUGAUAUUAGCUUUUUCAGCGCAAAUCCCGGCUCAAUUGGUGAAGUUCCACCCUACUUCAAAUUUUUUGAAUUCGCCUGCCAACAGGGCCUCCUCGCAGUCGCUCAAUCCGUUAUCGCCAAUGAGAAUCCAACACCAGCUUUCCUUCAUCAUGGCCUUACAUGCGCUCUGGCAGCUGGCCAUGUUGAGAUUUCUCGAUAUUUACUCGCGAGUGGGGCACCAAUUGUCCGCGAAACCCCAAGCAAUAUAUUCUUUGCGCCUUACGAGUUGCAUGUCGCCCUAUUCGACCUUCUCAGUCAAUUUGGCUGGAGCCCUAACAUCCCAACCUUCUAUGGCGCUGUUUUUCUCCCUAGGACUGUGACCAAUCUCCCUCUUCUCCGGUGGUUCCUCGAUCUCGGAGCUGAUCCCACUGCAGGGCAGCCGCAAACAAGCAAUGAACGUCGCGGUGGAUCAGGAAACAGGUCAUGUGCUGCCCUUGAAGCAGCUGCCGUUCAUGGGACUGUGGAAGCUGUGGGUAUGCUCCUUGAUGCCGGUGCUCAGAUAAAUUUUGGUAUACCACUACAUUUGGCUGCUGGAGCUUGUCCCCCUGGCAAUAACCCCCAUGCUUCCCGUGUGAUACCGACCCGCAAAUUUGAUAUCGGUAGAAUCCCGAUCCUGGCUUUGCUGGUGAGUCGUGGUGCAGAUGUUAAUCGCAAAGAGGUCUCCCAACAUAUGGUGGCGCAGUAUCCGAUUGUCCAUGCGGUGAUGGCGGGAGCAACUGAGCGGGUUAGGUGGUUACUGGAACAUGGUGCAGAUCCUCAUGCUAGGGGAGAUUUCGGUACUGCAAUUGAUUAUGCGCGGGCUAUGCGUUAUGAUAGUAUCGUAAUGGUGAUUGAGGGUUUUCUAUCGAGGACGAACGCUACUGGUUGA